CUCUGGCCUUCAUAUAUAAACACAAGGUGUGUAAUAGAUUUGCAAGUGCAGUAGUAUACAGUUCUUGGGUGUUGUCUUCACCUCAGCAGCUUCAUCCCAGAAAGCCAUUCACAAGAUACCUUGUAAGUUUGUAACCAGGAGCAAGCAGGGGCUUCAUCGCUUUAGUUUGCAAGGUAUGGAGGAGAGGAAUGGCACCAACAUGGAGAAGUCAGAUGAGAUCCUGAUGCCGGGUUUCCGGUUUCAUCCCACCGACGAAGAGCUGGUCAGUUUCUACCUCAAGAGGAAGGUCCAGCAAAAGCCUAUCUCCAUCGAGCUGAUCAGGCAGCUGGACAUAUACAAGUACGACCCGUGGGAUCUCCCAAAGCUUGCGAGCACCGGUGAGAAGGAGUGGUACUUCUACUGCCCAAGGGAUCGGAAAUACCGCAACAGCGUAAGACCAAACAGAGUGACGGCAGCCGGUUUCUGGAAGGCCACAGGGACAGACAGGCCGAUCUACUCCUCCGAGGGCACCAAGUGCGUGGGCCUGAAGAAGUCCCUCGUGUUCUACAAAGGGAGAGCGGCGAGAGGGAUGAAGACCGACUGGAUGAUGCACGAGUUCAGGCUCCCUUCGCUCGCCGAUCCCUCGCUCCCCAAGCGUCCGAUCGACAAGACCAUUCCACUCAAUGACUCGUGGACUAUCUGUAGGAUCUUCAAGAAAACCAGUUCGCUGGCGCAACGAGCGCUGUCGCACACCUGGGGGCCCCCACUGCUGGGGGCAACAGAGGCAGAUGAUAUGAUCAACGCGUUGCAGUCAGUGCAGGCUUCAGAAUUCGCUCUCGAGAGCUCACUGCAGGUUGCACCGGCUGCGCCUGCAGCAGGCCAGUUCAGCAGCAGGCAUGGCUUGCAUGUUCAUGGCCAGCACCAGCAGAAGAAGGGUACCAACAGCCCGUCUCUGGACGGCUCCUCCUCAUGCAAGCUCAUCAACUUCACCAGCAGCAGCCCAUCCGAGGAGGGACGACCCCAGAGCUUGAGCUUCCCAGUCACCUUCCCCUUUGAAGUGCAAGGGACGCACAAGACUGCAGCCGCCGCGCCAGUCUUCUUCGGCGCGCAUCCUGAUCAUCACCUCGGUGGGUUCGUUGUCGACUCUUCUGCCGAUGUCAAUGGCGGCAUCGUCGGUGGCAGGAGCCAGGACUCGUCCACCAGGAAGCCCAGCAAUAAUGGCUUCAGCACCAGCAGCGGUGACUGGGAAACUGCGGGGAGGGUCAGCUUCCCUUUUGAUCUGGGUGCAGAUUCUUCAGAGGAGUGGAGGUGCAACAUACCCUGGGAGUCCUUGCUGACCCCGGCUGCUGUCCAGGCUGAGCUGCUGCCACACUAGGGCAGGGCAGCGGCAUUUAGCAAUUGCAUUGCAUUACGGAGAGUAUCUCAUAGGUUUACAUGUACAGUCUACAGGUGCUGUGAGUGUGAGUUUCCUUCAUCUGUUAGCAUUUCUGUUAGCUGCAGAAACAUUUUUUUUUGGUUCAGUUUUGGUUAGGAAUGCCAUGUACAUACCACGAGCUAUGUAGCAUUGUUAACAGCAAAGCUAACAGAGAGAAGGAACCUUGUGUUGUACGUACACUAUUCAGCUCUUUGAAUACUUCAGUGCAAGUUUGAAUACUUUAUUGCGUCAAAACACUGGGGCCAGUCUGCAUUAAACUACAUUUUGGACUGGUACCUCCCAUUGAACUACAAUCGAUGAACCAAAUACGCCCUCCGUUAGCAUUUCUGUUAGGCGAAUUCUUCAGUUUUGGCUACGGGAGCCACGUA